CACACCUGUAACAGAAAACGAUUAAAGGGCGCUGCUGGCGGCGUCCAUUUUAAUCUACAAGCCAGAAUACAAUAUGGUGGAAGAAGCCCAAGAAGUGAGCAGUGGUCCUUUUCCCCAGGCUGGACCUCAUCAGGGGGGAAAUCAUACGCUCCCUGACGCUAACAUGAGUAGGAGAUCUGCCCAGCUCAUUGGCCGUCAAUUGGCACAGAUUGGAGAUGAACUGGACAGCAGGUGGAGUGAGAAACUCCCCAACCAGUGGCCACGGCAGGCAUUUCCUAACAUGUUGACCUGCACAGUUAUGAAUGGUAAACCUAAUGGUUACAGGAGGAUCAUGGCUAGACUCUGGUGGUCUAAAGUCAUGCCAGUGGUGCAGGCAUCCUGGUUGGUUCCACUGCUGCACACUCAGGCCUGCCAGGGAGCUAUGCAAUGGAUAGGCAGGGUCUACAACUCACACUUUCCUGACUGGUCCGGCAGGACCAAAUGCUGUCUGGCCUCUGCUGUGCUGUUGUUCACUGCAGCUGCCUUUACUGCAUCCCAGGAAACGUCUGAGAGUUAGGCAGGCACCCGGAAAGAGCCAAGAGCAGGUCUUCCAUCUUAAAGAAUAAUGAUUUUGUAUGAUCCUUUUCUAACUACAACUAAUUACAUCUCGUGCUGGUUCACACAAGUUUUUGUAAGUUGUUUGAUGCUGUUGUUGGUUUACAGUAGGGUCUGUUGCUGGUUAAUUGGGCCAUGUUAAUUCUCUUACCUCUUCUUCCGAAAGCAUCUCAGCAUUAUUGAAGGAAGCUGGACUUUCAAUUCCAUUUUUUCCAAAUAUAUUGCAAAUGAAGAAAUAUAUCUUUGCUGUAUUUUUUGGUUUUCUGUAAAGCUAUUUUGUGACGUGUUGUAAAAAGCACUAUACAAAUAAAAACAAAUUCAAUUCUGAUUUAUCUAUGAG